AUGUCAAUCAAGGUGUCGAUGUUGGUGUCGAUUUCACCACAAUUUCACUCGAUUAGAAAAUACUUUGAUAUGGCUUCCAUUAUCGAAGCGAUUGACAAAGCAAAGACGUCUGUUGGUUACUCCGAACUGAAAGAGUAUCAGCAGAACACUGUUCAGGCAUAUCUUUCAAACAGAGAUGUCUUCGUUUCGGCGCCCACAGGAGCUGGGAAAAGCCUUGCAUUUGAGCUAGCACCAUACGCUUUCGAGCAUUUAUUAGGAAACAAGAAAUCAAUGGUUCUCGUGGUCGUUCCCUUGGUCUCGCUGAUGAAAGAUCAAGUGAACAACUUAGUUAGUCGUGGAAUUCCUGCCUCGUAUGUUGGGGACGACUGUUCGGAAGAUCAACUGACAGAUAUUUUGAAUUUCAAGGCCAGAAUUGUGUUUGGGAGUCCCGAAGCUCUUCUGAACAGUUACCGUCACAUAUUUCGCCAGUUGAAAAGCAACUUAAAAGCCGUGUUUGUCGAUGAAAGCCAUUGCAUCGCGAAGUGGGGAAAAGACAGUGUCACUGAAGAAGCUUUUAGAAGAGACUAUGGAAGAUUAUCAGAACUUCGUUCAUUGGUGCAUAGAGAUAUUCCUGUUAUAGCACUCACAGCGACAGCAACUGAAGCAACACAAAAGACCAUUAUUAAAGAUUUGUGUAUGAAGAACUGUGUAGAGAUUAUUGGUGACCCAAAUAAGCCCAACAUUCGAUAUUCUGUAAAGGAUGUGGAUCACGAAAACUUGUAUGAUACUUUUAGGUCAAUUAUUGAUGAAUUAGAAGAAAUGCAUGUGAAUGCUACAAAGGUCAUUGUGUUUUGUCGAAGAAAGGAACAUGCAAAAGAACUGUUUGAACUAUUUACGCAGUGUCUUGGACCGAAGGCCUAUUAUAGACCUACUGGAAAGGAGCCUGUGGAUGACAGGUCUCGACUAUUUGCAAUGUACCACAAGAAAACACACAGUCUU